AUGUUCCAGGCACUCAUCGCUCGCUCCAGACAGCAGGUCAUCAACCUGAUAAACAGACUCCAACCGCCCCCAGACAGACGCCGACCCACCUCUGGCCACAUCCCCGUCUCCUCGCUGCGCUACCAGCUACCCGUGUGGGUGACGGCCGGCGGAGGCAUGUAUGCGACGCUGCACGGGGUGUAUCUGAUGAUGCGGGCGUUCCGGAAUUUGAGAUACAUUAACACCCCCGAACCCACCCUCCUAAACCUCGUCUUCGACAGACAAGCGCUCCACCCCUCCCCGGCCGAAACCGCCCAAUUCGGCACCGACGACCAAGUAGCCCAGCACCCCUCCUCCUUCGACCCGAGCAUCACCGCCCCAGAGCGGGAAUUCCUCGUGCUAGACGAGGAGUGUCGCGUGGGCGGCGAGGCCGACCCGCUACUUGUUAGUCCUGCGAAUCGCGAGGUCAGCCGGCUGUUGAGUCCGACGGAGCUGGGCAGGGCCGUGCAGGGGGGCGUGAAAACUGGACCGAGUGCGAGGGGGUGGACGAAUAAGCAUGGGGUUGUUAGGGUUAGGGCGGUUUCGGUUCCUGGGGGGGGGAAGGAGGUGGAGAUGGAGAUGGGGAUGGGGAAGAAGGUGAAGAGGGGGAGGGGGAUGAGUGUUGGGGGUGGGAGGGCGCUUGGGGUGGAUCGGUAUGAGAGGUUGUUGAGGGGGUUGAGGGAGGUGCAGAGGAGGUCGCGGGGUGGGGUUGAGGGUUAA